AUGUCCAACCACUUACUUUUCUUACUUUGUUCGUUACUCAGCAUCACUUCCUCCGCGCAUACCUUGAAGACGCAAGUCUUGAGUUCCUUUGUCUUCUCGCGCCAUGGAGAUCGGACACCUCUAUACACGAGCAACGCUUCCAUUCUGACACCCUAUGGCGCUCAGCAGAUGUCCAUUGCUGGCUCAAAUUUUCGCAGGCGCUACCUGUCGACCAUCUUUGAAGAUAGCCAAGACAAUACAGUCAUCCGUGACAUUUCUCAUUACUCGCCCAACGUAAAUGAGGUGACGGUGUACAGCAUAGACAACCAAUAUGUGACAGCUUCUGCUCAGGCAUUUAUGCAAGGAUUGUAUCCUCCUCUUGGUCAAUUAGAUGUGAAUUUUACGAGUCUGGGGGAAAUUUCACGCCUCGCCAACGGAACAAAUGUAAUUGCACCACUUAAUGGCUACAACUAUCCUGACAUAAACACGGUAUCCUCGUACGACCCGAGGUCCGUAUGGAUUGAUGGUGCAGCGCAUUGUCCAGCAUAUACAAGCCGACUAGUUGAAUAUUACAACUCCACUGACUUCGAUUUCCUCUACACUAUCAGUCUAGACUUCUAUCGUGGAUUGGACGACUAUCUAGACGAGUACUUCACUCCGAACGAUCUUGGCUAUUUUGACGCCUACUACAUCUACGAUUGGUUACAGUAUGAAGCACUUCACAACAGCUCUUUCCGCAUCUCCGAUGUCAAUAUGACCAGGGCUGAACUUCUCGCUGCGAACUGGGUGCAAGCACUAUUCUCAAACAGCACCGACUCUGUCAAAUCCAUUGCUGGACGCGGUCUUGCCACGCAAGUACUCAACACUUUCUACAAUGCUAUUCGAAGCGACGGGGAAGCCAACAAGCUCAACCUUUGGUUUGGCGACAUGGCGCCUAUGGUUUCAUUCGCGGCACUAGCUGGUUUGACAGGCAAGAAGAACAGCAUCUUCUACGACAUUCCUGCCAUGAGUUCGAGCUAUAUCUUUGAGCUUGUUGCCUUGCUCCCAGAAGACGACACAGGUGUUACUUAUCCCAACACUUCUGACAUGUACGUUCGGUUCUUAUAUCAAAACGGUACCGAUGAAUAUUCAGACGCUGUCGAAUACUCACUCUUUGGACGCAGUCCGAGCUCGCUGAUAAGCUAUACUGACUUUGUAACAAGCAUGUCAAGAAUAAGUCUGAGCGGCAUUCGAGAAUGGUGCUUGACUUGUGGAGCUUACAACGUCUUCUGUCCUGCUUUUACCAACAGCAACUCUGUAAUUAACGGGAAUACAGAACGAAAAGGCCUGUCUCCGGCAGUGGCUGGCGUAAUCGGUGCCUUGGUUGCGCUUGCGGUAGCUGCCAUCCUAUUCGGACUUCUCAUGGCGUUCGCGGGCAUUCGUGUCAAGAGACAGGAAAGAAACCGCAAGUCUGAACUAGGUGGUUUCAAAGGUUCACAAAAGCUUGCCAGUGAUCAAGAUCUGACACUACCGAAAGGAGGGGCUGGUGUGACUGUGACGACAACAGAGCCUGAAGGAAGCAAGAGCCAUGAAAGAGUGGGUAGCUGGGAACUUCGACAACAAGCGAAGCAGGAAGAGGCAGGCAUUGUGGUAGCACCUCGACCUCGACGACCGAGUUAUGAAGACGACGAAAUUCAUGUCGACCCUUAUGCACCGGCAGUAAAACCACACGACCAGGUUUGA